AUGACUAUCCUUAAAUCCAUGUCUGCUCUCUCCUUCAACGCUUCUGCUAUUAGCAAUGGUUCAGUCUCAAGUGGAAGAAUGAACACAUUCGGUCAAUCAUCCAAUAUGACAUCGGGACUUGUUGCUCAACUUGGUCAGGAUGCUACUCCAUUGAUCAAUGGUCUGUUGGAUACUACCAAGGCCGCAGCCGGCACCACCAUCAACUUCGUUGACCACACAGUCAACGGUUUGCUUGGUAUCUAA